AUGGCUUCAGACGCUGAUGUCAACCUUGAGAAACACCCCGAGGGGGACCACAGCCUGCAGUCCCCGCUUGGCCACUACCUCAAGCUGUCGGGCGAGGGCCUCGCUAGCCACGUGAGAGGCAGUGGGUUUGUUGUCGGCCUGGAUGAUGUCAAGCCUCUCAUCGUCUGUGAGCCCAUGAAGGAAUGCAACUUUGAAACAGACCUGUGCAUGUGGAAGAACUUGGUGGACGGUGAUCAAUUUGAUUGGUCCUUAACAUCGGGAGAGAAUCUGAAUCACUAUUAUGCCCCAAGGGUAGAUGUUACCCUGGGGUCACCUCUCGGAAAAUUUGCCUACGUUGACACCACAAGGGAGCCCAGCGCACUUGACACACCAGAGGCAAUUCUGGAGUCGGUUGUUCUUGAGAGUGAGUGGCAGUGUGUCAAAUUCUGGUACCACAUGCAAGGAAUCGGUAAGGCCGCUCUAGCCAUCAGAGCCAAAAAUGUUCCAGGGGAAGAAACUUCCAAGGUGUGGGAAAGCUCUUCAAUCGUAUAUGCCGAGUGGAAGUACCAGCAAAUGUCCGUCCGGGAACCAAGGCACCACACCAUCCAGUUUGUGGCCAUUUCAGACAAGGGACACAUUGGGAUCAUCGCCAUAGAUCAGGUGAUAAUAGAUCCUGGCCAGUGCACAGACCAAACUGUGCCAGACUGUGUCAUUACCUGUGACAAUGGGAACACCUGCAUCCAUGAGUCACACAUGUGCAACUUCAUUCAGGAGUGUGGCGACGGCGAGGAUGAGCGCUUGUGUGGAUACAAUUGCACCUUUGAGGAGACGGGUGAAGAGCACUGCAUGUGGAGCAGUGUCGGGGCCAACAACGAGGUGCAGCUGUGGGAGCUGCUCUCAGGGGAACGCAACAACACCAACGCACCUCCUCUGGACCACACAUUGCUGACACCCACGGGCCACUACAUGGCCCUGGUGCCUGGCGUGGGAGGCCAGGUAGAAGGGGAGGCCACAGCAAUCAUGCAGAGUCCAUACAUGUAUAACUCUGCAUCUUACUGCCUCAUGACUUUCUGGUACGUGAUGUUCGGCAGACCAGACAACGUUUCUUCAACAGACAUUGGGUCUUUGUCAGUAAUGUCUCAGUUUAGUGAUCUUUUCGUUGAGCUGCUGACACUGGAAGGCAGCCAAGGGGACGAGUGGAGGUAUGCAGUGGCUUAUGUUGGGAGAAUAAUUGAGAAAUUCACUCUGCAGUUCAAAGGUGACAGAAAUCUUGAUAUGAGUGGAUACAUUGCUGUUGAUGACAUCAAACUAGACAGCUGCUUCCUUCCAACGCCAAACUCUGGCCCUGAGGAGUGCACUCUAUUCCUGUGUGCAAACAAGGCGUGUGUGUCAACAUUUGAGACGUGUGACUUUGUUGAUGACUGCGGAGACUUCUCAGACGAAGACGACGACUACGCCAAGUGUGCAAAGUUUGCCGCUCGCUGUUCAUUUGAGGAAGGCAACCUUUGUGACUGGGCCCAAGAGGGUCCUGAUGACUGGCUCAUGGGCUCACCAAGUUCUGACGAGCUGAUUCCUAAACGUGACCACACCACAAACACUCCAACUGGAUCUUACAUCUAUAUUGGCAGCAGCCAGGACAGCCUGACAGCGUCUUCAGCCUCACUUGUCAGCCCGGUGAUGGGCUGGAACUAUGAACUGAUUGAUCCUUGUUUGCUCCGCUUCUUCUACUACAUGGAUGGACCCAGCGUGGAUGAGCUGGUUGUUGCGGUGAGAGAAGCAUCAGGAGCCACUCUGAAUGAGCAGUGGAGGAUGACGGGAGCUGUUGGGCCAGUCUGGGAGAAAGAGGAAUUGUUUGUGGCGCCACACGUGAUAAUGCAUAAUCCACUGCAGUUUGUUAUCACAGGGAAAACUCUCAAUGGCACAGGUGAAGAGAGGUCAGUAAUUGCCAUUGACGAUGUGUCAUUCUCAGAAACCUGUUAUAUGUCAAGUGGUACACUUCCGCCAACGUCACCAACCGUCCCCACCACCGAAGGUCCGUGUGAGGGCAGGUUCCAGUGUGAGAAUGGCCAGUGUGUGCCACUGGACUAUGUCUGCAAUUUCGUGAAGAACUGCAAUGAUGGGACGGACGAGGCCACGUGCGCCGAGUGCGACUUUGAGCGCAACACUUGUGGAUGGUCCGAUGUAAGUUCUGGCAAUUACAUCUGGCUUCGGGAGGAGUCGGGAGACAUCGGCAGAAAUGGCCAAGCCAUGAAGGUGGAGGAGAGGUCUGGCUACCUCUUCAAAGCUGCAGAGCUUGAGAGUGUACAGCUCCAGGGAUCGUCCUCAAGCUGCACCAUGAAAUUCUAUUACUACAAACAUUACGGUGAUUAUGGAAGCACAGGCCUCCACCUGUAUGUCAAGAGUGAAGGUGGCAGUGAGUACAGAGCCUGGUAUGUGCUGGAUGACAUGGGUGAUGCCUGGCAGGAGCAGACUGUUAGAAUAGGUGAACAUGAGGCAGGCUGGAGCUUGCGUUUUGAGGGCACCCACUUUGACGAGGAGGGACUUAUACUUGUUGAUGAUGUUCACUUUGAAAACUGCUCCCUACCAUCAGCAACAGUUUGCAAACCUGAUCAGACUAAGUGUGUGAAUGGUGUAUGUGUUGAGGAACCUACUCUCUGUGACUUCAACGAUGACUGUGGUGACGGAACAGAUGAGCUGCCGGGCCUGUGUCGAACCUACCACGAGAGAUGUAAUUUUGAGGAUGACUUCUGCAGGUGGACGCAAGAGAAUGAGACGAUUAAGUGGAUCCGCAGAACAGGGGAGAUGCUGGCUGAAGACGUGGGACCAGACUAUGACCACACCUUCGGCAAUGAAACUGGCUAUUAUCUGUACCUCAUGAGUGCGGAGGGAGACAAGGGAAAAACUGCCAGAAUUUCUAGCACCACUUUCUAUCCAGCUCUCCUUGACUGUCAUUUCAGGUUUUGGUAUAUGAUAAAGGCAAACCAGAGUGCCAGGUUAGCUGUGUAUGUUGAAGAGGCCUCUGGAGCUCCGAGGCAAGGACGCAGCGUUAUAUUCCAAACAGAAGGUUCAGCAGAGUAUGGCUGGCUGAAAGCAGAUGCCCCGGUCAUUAUUGCCAGAUACUUCAAGAUUGUCAUGGAGGGCACUGUUGGAGAGAAACUAGAGGGGGAUGUGUCUAUAGACGAUAUAUCCUUCACCCCCAACUGUUUCCCCUUACAUGUGUUGCCUACCACCUCCACCUCGCUUCCCCCUGGGCACUGCCAGGACGAUGAGUUUGAGUGCCAGUCUUCUGAGUGCAUCCCAAACACUAGCGUUUGUGAUUUCCGCUAUGACUGUGCGGACUCGUCUGAUGAGAUGCCAUGUCCAUCAUACUGUAACUUUGAGGUGGACACUUGUGGAUGGCAGGAAGCUGUCGAUGACAGCCUCAACUGGAUUUGGGCCCAGGCCAAUGACAGCAGUGUUGGAACAGACCAAGGAGGCCCAUAUGUGGAUGGCUCAGGCUUGAGACAAGGACACUUUUUGCUCCUCCAUGCCACAACACCAGACCUGGCCGGUGAAGAAGGAUACGCCCUCUCCCACUGGUACCAAAAUGCUGCUCCAUACUGCCACUUCACCUACUGGUACUACAUCACUGGAGAACAACAGGCUGCUGUGAUCCUGCAGCUCAACACAACAGAAACAGAAAAGCUGAACCUAACCUUCCUUGAAUGGGACACAGCAACUGGAGAUGGCAUUUGGUACUGGGAGGAUGUGGGAAUAGGGCAACGUCAGGCCGCCUUCCAGCUCUCUCUCUACAGGGAGCCGCAUCCUGAGUACACCGGACACUUUGCUGUGGAUGAUUUGGACUUCACUCAGAGCUGCCACUUUGGCCAGCCCUCACAAACAGGGUGUGCCUCAGAUGAAUACCAUUGCCCUAAAACAAAGGUGUGCAUCGUGAAGGAGAACCUGUGUGACCUGAGUGACAACUGUGGCCAGGGCGAGGAUGAGGAGCCGUGGAGGUGCAGCACACAUCACCGCCUCACCCUGGAGGACGAGGCUUGGCGCUCCUGGUUUUAUCAAGACACUGUGAAUGAUGACUUUGACUGGCUGAUAGGCACUGGCAACACGCAAGCCCGAGGAACUGGACCUAGUUUUGACCACACAACAUUUGUGGUAUACGGCCACUACUUCUAUCUGGACGGGAAUGCGGUUGCUGGGCCCGGCAGUGUGGCGCGCCUCAUCAGCUACUCCAUCGCACCCGGCUCAGACUGCAGCUUCACCUUUUAUUCCCACAUGUACGGCAGGAACAUUGGCAGCCUGCGCGUGCUCCUCAGCACCAACACCUCAGGACUGGUGGAAGUCCUUAGCCUGAAUGGAGAGUCUGGAAACUAUUGGGUGAAGCAGACAGUGGACUCCAAACUUUUGGCCCAGAGCAAGGCCUUCCAGCUGAUCAUUGAGGGGCAGCUUGGCGACGGCACACUCGCAGACAUUGCUGUGGAUGACUUUGUGUUCUCACCCGGCUGCAAACACGCAGAGAACCCUGACAGAAACUGCACCUCCCUGGAGCACCAGUGCAGCGACGGGACGUGUCUGCCCUUCACCAGUCGCUGCAACUUUGUGGUAGAAUGUCCAAAUGGCGAUGACUCAGAUGAGCGGGACUGUGUUCCCGAGAAGUGUACCUUCGAGGGCGAGGAUCUCUGCAACUGGGAAGUCCAGGACGCUGCAGAAGAGAGAGAGGACAGCUUCAGGUGGGUCCUGUCGCGUGGAGACGAGCCGGCAGCCAACGUGGAACAGCAGUCCUUCAAACCCACGUUGGACCACACCGCCGGGGAUGUGUCAAGCUACUAUGCCUAUACUGCAGCCUCAACAGGAGAAUAUAAACACUCAACAGACCUCAUCUCCACACUGGCUAUUGGUCAGACCAGCGAGACUUGUUGCCUGCAAGUGUGGUAUUGGCUGUCAGGCCCUGAGCCAGGCUCCCUCCACGUGCAGGUCAUCUCAGGGUCAGAUGAGGUCACUGAAGCUGGGAUGGUUGAUGGCAACCAUGACAAUAUGUGGAACCUGGCCAGCCACCAGUGCCCACAAGACAGCAGUAGGCACAGUAUUACCAACUCAGAAAAAUACUCUCAGCUAUGA